AUGUCUUCAUGGGGAAAUACCUCCCUCCACUCGUGCCAAUGGCGGGGCGUGGCAUGCACUGAUGUCAACGGCCAAAAGCGAGUCACAGCUUUGAAACUGGACUCUCUCCAGUUGGCCGGCAAGCUAUCACCGUCCCUCGCCGGCCUCGCCUUCCUCAAUGACCUCGACCUCUCUUCCAAUGCUUUCUAUGGCCCCAUUCCGCGAGAGCUCAAGAAUCUCUCCGUAGUCUCUCCUUAUGUAGCAAUCGUCUCACGGGACAUUCCUAAGAGUUUGGGGCUGCUGCACAAUUUAGAUGCAUUGAUUCUGAGGAACAAUAAGCUUGAAGCAAAGAAUGCUGCCGAGUGGCUCUUCUUGGAUGGCUUGACCAAUUGCACCCCACUUAGAGUGCUAAUCUUAGAGAACAAUUAUUUAGGUGGAGCUUUGCCAAAAUCAGUAGCUAAUUUGUCCAAAUUCCUGGUUACUUUGAGCCUUAGUGAUAAUUACAUAACCGGAUGCAUUCUGGCAGAGAUUGGAAGGCUUGUUAACUUGUCAAGAGUUGAUAUGUCGUCCAGCCUUCUAGGUGGUGCCAUUCCUGCAUCACUUGGAAAUCUGGUCAAGUUGGUAGAAAUAGACCCGAGCAGAAACUUACUUGCUGGAGAAAUACCUGGAUCAGUGGGCAACAUUACUGGACUAACCUCUCUUAUUUUGGCCUCCAAUAAGCUGAAUGGUUCCGUACCUUCCUGUCUUGGAAAGUGCCGGCUAGCAAGAUUGAAUCUUGCUGCCAACAGGUCGACUGGAGCAGUGCCCAAAGAGAUUCACUCAAUUUCUUCUCUCCAUAAUUCUCAAUGUUUCACACAACUUGCUAACGGACCGUUGCCUCCAGAAAUUGGAUACUUGAUCAACCUCCAAACUGUUGAUGUCUCCUACAAUCAACUCACUGGUGGUAUUCCCGCCACCAUUGCUCAAUCAACAAUUUUGUCUGGAAAUGUGCCAGAUUUUCUUGGAAGCUUUACCAUGACUUAUCUUAACCUCUCCUUCAACGAUUUACAGGGCGAGCUGCCAAAACAUGGAAUAUUUAGUAAUCUUAUUGCAUUCUCUGUGGUAGGAAACAAAGACCUCUGUGGUGGUAUUCCAGAGCUUGAGGAGGUCUUCUUCUUUCAACUCAGAAUCAAAGGAUCAUAUAGGAAGGUCUCUUUUGCUGAGCUUCAUGCAGCAACAGAUGGAUUCACACCUGCAAAUUUGGUUGGGAAAGGUAGCUUUGGAUCUGUUUAUAAAGGUUUAGUGGAUUGGGAGGAGAAUAAGGAAGUGGCAGUGAAGGUAUUUAACUUGAAGCAUAACUUGAAGCAAAAGGGGGCUUUAAGAAGCUUCACAACAGAAUGUGAAGCUUUGAGAAGUAUCAGACAUCGGAAUGUCGUCAAGGUUUUAACAGCGUGUUCAAGUGUAGAUUUCCAAGGGAAUGACUUCAAAGCUCUAGUGUUUGAAUUCAUACCUAACGGAAGCCUGGGCAAGUGGCUCCAUCCUGAAGUAGAUGAGCAAAGCGCACUGCGAAUGCUAAGCUUCAGCCAAAGAUUGAAUAUAUCCAUUGAUAUUGCUAACGUGCUGGAGUAUCUUCACUUUCAUGAUCCAACCCCUGUCGUCCACUGUGAUCUUAAGCCAGCCAAUGUUCUCCUUGACCACAACAUGGUGGCACACAUUGGUGACUUUGGAUUAGCAAGGUUUCAUAGUGCAACUGCUGAAACAAGGGCUGAGACAUUCACAAGUUCACUCAUCCUAAAAGGAACCAUCGGCUAUGCUGCUCCAGAGUAUGGAUUGACCAAUAAAGUUUCUGUCCAAGGGGAUGUGUACAUGUAUGGGAUACUUCUGCUGGAGAUGUUUUCCGGAAAGAAGCCAAUUGAUGAAGCCUUCGCUGAAGGUUUGAACCUUCAUAAAUAUGUCGAGUCGGCACUUCCCGAACAAGUUGUCAAGAUUAUGGAUCCCAUGCUAUUACUUGAGUGGAAAGGAGAAACACAUCGCAUUGAUUCAUCAACAAAGGAAUUCAGAAUGAAAGCAAUAGAGAGGGUUACUUCAGUGCUUAAGAGUUGGCGUUUUGUGUUCAAUGGAGUCGCCAGAAGAGCGAAUGAAGAUGGAAGAUAUGGUCAGAGAGCUUCACACCAUCAGGGAUGUAUUUCUUGGGUUCUCUUUGGUAUGACGGAUAGUAAGAACGUCCCUGUCACCAAAGUGGUAAAUAAUAUGCAAAUUGUUGUCAAAGUUCAUGAUUCACCUCCACCCAGCCCCUUCCUUCUAUAUCUGAAAAUAAAUAAAUAA